CGGGUACUUGCGGUACACGCGUACAAAGUCCGUGCGGAAAUUGCGUCACCUGUCCGUUUCUUUACCGUCUUCAUUGUUAGUUACCAGUAAUGUGCGUUUGCUGGAGUUUUCUACCUCUUCUAGGUUUUGUCGCCUUGCAAUUGCCUGAGUUUGUACUCUGCUCUAGCAACAAAUCUGCAACUACAGGCAAUGAACUUAUUCUAAGCGUUAUCUUACCUUUUGAUGGCACUAUAUGGUGCCAAGGUCAUAAUAUUUUGCCUGCUGUCGAGAUGGCUAAAGACAUCAUUAAUCAUCCAAACUCAUCACUACUUCGUGGUUACCAGUUGAAAGUUGUGUAUUACAAUGGGCAGUGUUCUGCACAUGGAGGACUUCAUGCUUUUAUAGAGACUGUUCACAAUAGCAGCCAAGGCCAACGUGUUGUGGGCAUUGUUGGUCCUGGUUGUUCUAGUUCUGCAAAACCCAUUGGUGAAUUGGCUGCCUAUUAUUAUCCAUUAGUCACCCUAUCAUAUGGAGCAGAGACUUCAGACUUGUCAGACACAGAACAGUAUCCAUAUUUUAUACGUACAGCACCACGGUCUGGAGAUAUUCAAUUAGCUUGGUUAGCUGUAGUUAAGCAUUAUGGAUGGAGACGGUUUGCUGUUGUUGUUCAGAGUGACUAUGAAGGUUUUUCUGCGGGUACUCUCCAGCAGGCUGUUGAAGAUGAUUCUGUUCUCAAGUGGUCUGAAGUGACAUUUAUUAAUUCAUUUGGUAGUGGCAAAGACUGGAAUACUAUUUCAAUUGUUGAUCAGAUAAAGAAUGAAGAUAUAAGAAUUAUCAUCACAUUGGCAAUUGAGUCUGAUGCACGUUCUCUAAUCUGUGAAGCUUCAAGGCAGGGUAUGACAGGAUGUUGUAGUGGCAAGCAUUAUGUGUGGAUUUUGCCAGGUUGGUUUGAUGUCAAUUGGUUUGAUGGUGGUUCUUGCCAAUUACCAUCAAACAAUUUAACGUGCACAUCAAACGAUAUACGAGACAGCAUCGAAGGCUAUCUCAUGGUUAGGGACCAAUUUUACACUCUAGCGCCCAAAAGUAGUCUAGUCGCUGGUGAACUAACAGUUGGAGAUUGGAAAUCUAAGUAUGACUCGGCUCUUCAAAAAUAUGAAAGUGAGCUUAAGGAAAAGGGCUUACUUGAAGAAAGUACAACGUUGAAUCAUGGUGAUUAUGCACCAUACGUCUAUGAUGCCAUCAUGACAUGGGCUUUUGCUUUGGAUCAAUUCUUUGCCGAAGGGAAUAUACCCGAGUUCAUAGGUGUAGGCAACGCAAGUGCCAGUGCGAGGUUGAAGAAAAUAAUGAGUGAUAACAUUGAGUUUUAUGGGAUAUCUGGAUUAGUUAAGUUUUCUGGCAAUGACCGGUUAUCUAACUUUUCUGUCAGCAACUAUUAUGAUGGAAAGUUUCAUCAAAUUGGUAGCUAUAUCAACAGUGGAAAAGUGGAGAGUUUGGAUGUGCAAGUCAAUUGGGGUAGAUGUUGUAGUAAUGUUACAGUACCUGUUGAUCGAGAUCCAGAUAGUAUGGAAAAUGAUGAUAAUUGUCAUGGACUCAGUAGACUGGCUGCAAAACUGGGUGGAUGUGCAGGAGCAGUCGCUCUUGUGUCGUCUGCAGGUUUCUGUGCUGUUUUCUUGGUCUUAAUUAUUCUUUUCAUAAUCCAUCACCAUAGAUUUGCUGCAACAAAACAAAGACUGCAAGACUUGGGACUUCUGCAGGGCAACUUGAAGAGGACGUCAGCUUUGCUGACUGUAGAUGAAUAUGAAAUUUCUCGCACACAGUUGCAGUUGAAUCGGAAACUAGGAGAAGGUUGUUUUGGAACUGUCUAUGGUGGAGAGGGUAUUCGUGUUGUGCCUAAUGAAGAGCUAACUCCAAUAGCAGUGAAGACACUCAGACGAGAAACAGAUGCUGAAGAAAAGGUGCUUUUUCUGGAAGAAGCCCACAUUAUGAAGCAAUUGGAACACAAGAAUAUUGUACGUUUAUUAGGAGUCUGCACUAAGGAUGAGCCAAUUUGUGUCGUAAUGGAGUUAAUGGUUUACGGAGACCUGAAAUCGUAUCUCUUGUCACAUCGACAAUGUCUGUGUGCAGACGAUUUGUACAGAAUCGCUGUAGAUGUUGGGGAAGCUGUUCAAUACUUGCAUUCGAAACUCUACAUCCACAGAGACAUUGCUUCACGAAACUGUCUGGUGACACUAAAUAGACUAACCAAGCUGGGAGAUUUUGGACUGACAAGAAAGGUCGGCGAUGAAACUGAUUACUACAGAUAUCAAAGGAGAGGUUUGCUGCCUGUUCGCUGGAUGUCACCUGAGUCGUUGAACAGUGGAAUAUUUACUUUCACUAGUGAUGUUUGGAGUUUUGGUGUUCUUCUGUAUGAAGUCAUUACUGUGGGCGGCUUUCCUUAUCAAGGGUAUUCCAAUCAAGAGGUAGUGGAAAAUGUUCCAAAAGGUUUGAGAAUAAGCCUUCCCACAUCAUGUCCAGUGGAAUUCCGUAGUCUUGUUAAGAGAUGCUGGUUAGAUGAUCCCAAAUCUCGACCAAGCAUGAGUGAUAUUCUUGCUAGGUUGCAGACGGCUGAUUGUUCAUGUCUUUUUAAACCCUGCACAGAUGCUAAGCCAGAAAUAAUCAGUGCUUCUAAUGAUGCAACAUUUGGCCAGCAAGACACAUCUAGACGGUCUUCUGGUACGGGUUCCGUAGGUCAAACAAGAUCUGAUAAUCUUAGGCUUUUGCUGCUGCGGAGAUUUUCUGAGGCAACAAUUGUUACCAAGCAGGUAAGUAUUCCAGAGCGUCGUCUUAGCUGUUUUAGCGCUGAUGUUGCCACUAUGCAUCAAAAAAGUUCGUGUGAAGUUUUUAAUGAAAACGAUGGUACAACGGUAUGAUUUGUUUAAUUAACAAUCAAACACGUCAUUCUUUAGCAUUAUAUGUCUAUAGGCGCUUUCUAGUAUAUAUAGUUUAGGCUAAGACAGAGGUAUAGUUAUUGACUUUGUUUUUUCAUUUUGUAGAAACAUCUUUUAAGUUGUCAAUAUUUCUACUGCUACUAUGCAGGGCAUUUACAUUAGAUACUAUUGUUGCUAUUAAACUUGUAUUUUUACUCAUGAACACACACACUUACAGUA